UUCCACGGGAAAUUCGGCUUGCACGCGCACAGUUCCCCUCUACGCCACGCCACCCGUCGGUGCCUUCGCCGGUAUAUAAACCGGCACGCCAAGUCCGCAGCGAAGACAUCGACGUUACGUAGGCCAGCACUUUGAGUUGAGCUUCGCGCGCGCGCAUGCGUUCUUGAUCACAGGUUUGCCGCAGCUUGGGAGUGCCAUUGACCAUCGUACAGUAACAGGAAUCAGCAAUGCAUAUGGCGCCGGUGGCCCACGGCGCUCUGAGCGCGCGAGCCGUGCUCUCCAGUCGCCGCCAAAGGUUCUUGGCGUCUCCCGACGCCACCGCUGCCUCGACGGUGCGGUUCGGUACCCGUCGCGCCGGCGGGAGGAGCAGAGCGAUCCUCUGCCUCGCGCCGGGAGGCGGCGGCGAGCGGGAGGAGCCCGCGGGCUCGCCGUGGGACGGCCGGCUGGUCGACGAGGGCAUGGACACGCUGCGCCGGCGCAUUCGCCAGGUCAGGGCGGAGUCCGACCCCGACGACUACGAGGACGAGGAUGAGGAUAACGGCGGCGUCGACGGCGAGGGCCUCCUCCCGGGCGAGUGGACGGAGCUGGAGCGGCGGCACCACGCGAGCUACGUCGCGGGCGUGCGCGAGGCGGGCGGCGUCCUGCUGGCGCUGCUGGUGCGCGAGCGGCCGGGGCUCGGCGCGGGGGUCCUGGCGCUGGUUCUGCUCGGCGUUCCGGCCACGGUGCUCCUCGUGUCCGCCGAGCUCAUCACCCGGACCCUGGACUCCAUCUCGGCCGCCCUGCACAACGGCAGAAUGUAGGAGUACAUGGUUGUGUGCACGCUUUCUUUUCUUUUCUUACAGAAGAGUAAACGCAUGCAUUUGGGAACCGAGUACCGUCGAAUGCGACUAGAAAUAACCAAAAUGUUACAGCCAAUAGCAAUGACCUAUGGAUUAUUCUCAAAGUUAGAAGAGCCAUCCUUAAAUCGUGAGCACGUUUAAAUCUUAGUCCCGUGAGGUUUUCUUA